AUUAAUAAAAUGAAUUGGUGGGACCGUUUGAUUUCAACAGAUCCACCUAUAUCAACCCGUAAAAUUAAUCCAGAACCAUCAAAGCUUUCUGAUUUGGAUGGUGAAACGCGAAGUUUGGUUGAGAAAAUGAUGUAUGAUCAACGUCAAAAAGAAAUGGGAUUGCCAACAAGUGAAGACAAAAGAAAAAUAGAAAUAUUGGAGAAGUUUAAAAUGCAGCAUCCUGAAAUGGAUUUCUCUAAUUGCAAAUUCAACUGAUGUUAAUUUUUUAAGAGAUUUUUUUUUAAAUUUUGUACAUAUAUCCAUGCCAAGACUUUUGAAUAAAAAAACUGUGGCGAAAUGAAUUUAUUGUGCAAAGUCAAGGAUAUGGCUGCCUCAUAAAAUAAAUGGUUCCAAAUUUCAUUCGUUCCAUAGCUGCCUUAAAUCA